CUUGCCUGAUCUCACUUCCUGUCCGGUUUUGUCGGUGACAGCGCCUACCAACCGUUGCCAUGGGUGAAAUGGAGCAGCUUCGCAAGGAGGCAGACAGCCUCAAAGAGCAGAUCACUGCGGCACGUAAAGCAGUUCAUGACACAUCCCUGGGGGAGCAGGUGGCUUCGGUACCACUGGUUUCACGUGUGCAGAUGAAGACCAGGAAGACAUUGCGGGGUCACCUGGCCAAGAUCUAUGCCAUGCACUGGUCCACUGACUCCUCUACUCUCUCCCCCAGGCUGUGUGUCAGUGCAUCACAGGAUGGCAAACUCAUUGUGUGGGACAGCUACACCACCAACAAGGUGCACGCUAUCCCGCUGAAGUCGUCGUGGGUGAUGACGUGUGCGUACGCACCCUCAGGGAACAUGGUGGCCUGUGGAGGCCUGGACAACAUGUGCUCCAUCUACAACCUGAAGGGGAAGGAUGGCAACGUCAAGGUCAUGCGGGAGCUGGCCGCACAUACAGGCUACCUCUCCUGCUGUCGCUUCCUGAAUGACAGCGAGAUCAUCACCAGCUCCGGCGACUGCACCUGUGUGCUGUGGGACAUUGAGACGGGCACGGAGAAGACGAUUUUCACAGGCCACAUGGGUGACUGCAUGUCCCUUGCCGUGUCACCCGACUUCAAAAUGUUCAUCUCUGGGGCGUGUGACUACACUGCCAAGCUCUGGGACAUCAGGGAAGCCACCUGCAGACAGACCUUCGGGGGUCAUGAGAGUGACAUCAAUGCCAUCGGGUUCUUCCCUAACGGGAAUGCGGUGAUCACGGGCUCUGACGACGCCACCUGUAAGAUGUACGACCUGCGAGCUGACCAGGAGAUGAUCACCUACCAGGACCCCAGCAUCAUGUGUGGUGUCACCUCGCUGGCUCCCUCCCUCUCCGGCCGGCUCCUCCUGGCCGGAUACGACGACUUCAACUGCAACAUCUGGGACUCACUCAAGGCAGAGAGAGUGGGAGCGUUGGCUGGUCAUGACAACAGAGUGAGCUGCAUUGGAGUGACACCUGACGGAAUGGCUUGCUGCACAGGAUCCUGGGAUAGCUUCCUGAAGGUCUGGAACUGAACCACUCUGUGAGAGGAAGAGGUGGAGAGGAAGAGAGGAAGAAGGUUAACCAAGCAGGGGGGAGAGAAAUGAGUAGAAAAAGGGGAAAGCAGCAUGAGGCCUGGGAAAAUUGGGAAUAAGAGGGUAUUUUGUCGUGCCAUUUUGAGUCCCUUCUUGGUUUUGAGAAGGGUUGAGAUCGAGGGAGAAAUACUCUCCUCUCUUCCUGCAUCUCUCUCUCUCCCUCAAUCCAAUUCAAGCUUGGGAGAGGAAAAGUGGGACUGAAAUCAUCCUUAAUGAUUUUAUCUGCCAUGCUUCUGAAAAAGAAAAUAAUGGCAUCUAAAA